GGUUAUUGACCAGGUCAUGUCUGAGUGACGUCAGACCUCCGGCUGCUCUAUUUCUCUCUCCACAAGUCAAUUGCUGCAGCUAUGCAACCAACGUCAAAGACGGAGAGAAGAUGAUCGGAGUGAGGAAGCACGCCGGCGGUCAAUCGGUAUCGCCAUUUGUGCUGAUAUUGAUAGCAUUGUGUUCCUUCUUGACCACUUACAAUCUAUUAAUCCCCCUCCUCCACUACCGCAGCAGCGGCGAUCGGAAAUUCCACGUCGUUCUCACGGCGACCGAUGCGCCCUACAGCAAGUGGCAGUGCCGGAUCAUGUACUACUGGUACAAGAAGAUGAAGGACGCUCCCGGGUCGGACAUGGGAGGAUUCACCCGUGUAUUGCAUUCGGGCCGCCCCGAUGAGCUUAUGGACGAGAUCCCUACUUUCGUCGUUGAUCCCCUUCCUCACGGCCUCGAUAGGGAUUACAUUGUCUUAAACCGACCCUGGGCAUUUGUGCAAUUCCUGGAGAAAGCAGUGAUUGAGGAAGAAUACAUUCUAAUGGCAGAACCUGAUCACAUAUUUGUAAAUCCUUUGCCAAAUUUGGCUGUAGGAGGGAAUCCAGCGGCAUUCCCUUUUUUCUACAUCAAACCCACUGAGAAUGAGAAAAUCAUUAGAAAAUAUUACCCACAGGAGAAAGGUCCUGUAUCUAAUGUUGAUCCAAUUGGCAAUUCUCCAGUAAUAAUCAAGAGGUCAAUUCUGGAGCAAAUUGCGCCAACAUGGAUGAAUGUUUCUCUAAGGAUGAAAGAUGAUCCUGAAACUGACAAGGCAUUUGGCUGGGUCCUAGAAAUGUAUGGCUAUGCAGUGGCAUCUGCUUUGCAUGGUGUGCGGCAUAAUCUUCGUAAGGACUUCAUGCUACAGCCUCCAUGGGACCUGGAGGUUGGUGAAAAGUUCAUCAUCCACUAUACAUAUGGCUGUGAUUACGAUAUGAAGGGAAAACUAACAUAUGGGAAGAUCGGAGAGUGGAGAUUUGACAAAAGGACAUAUCUCCGAGGCCCUCCACCAAGGAACCUCUCUUUGCCUCCUCCAGGGGUUCCUGAAAGCGUGGUAAGACUUGUGAAGAUGGUGAAUGAAGCAACUGCUAAUAUUCCUGGAUGGGACGCAAACUAGAAAUCGGCUAAAGGAGAAUAACAUACAGUUCCGCAUUACUUGUACGCGUCAGGUUAAGCCCGAGGGAAUCAUCAUGCACUUUAUCAGCAAUUUGUGACAUUUUGUAUUCUACAUAUUCCAAGCAACUAGGUGAAAGAGAAUUUGAAAUGUGAACAUCUAAUCGUUUUCGUGAUUCGGCUGUAGAAAAGAGGAAUCCUUGCAAAACUGAAGAUUUAACUUGUAAAUUAUUACGGAGUAUUAUGUUUUUUCCACAUCAAAAUGGCUCUCUCAGGAUCAUAUGACCAAAUUUAUUAGUUUUA